AUUGCAUAAUAUUUUUAAAAAGUGUUCAUUUAUAACAAAAAAUAUUCUUCAUAAAUACAAUGAAAAUAAUGUGGAAUUUUUAAAGAUAAUUAUGCUUUAAUCAUGCUGACGUAGUCACUAAAACCUCUUACGCUGUGAAUCAUACAAUAAUUAAUAUUAAUUUUAUAUAACAUGAUAACAAAUCUAUAGAUCGUAUAUAACUAGUAAUUACUACAUUAAUUUUAAAAAGCAUAGCAAUUAGCAACAAAGUAUUAUACUACUCCACCAAGAAUUAAUCUCAUUAUAAAUUAUAAUUAUAAAUAUAAAUAUAAAUUAGCUGCUUUUGAAACAGAACAGUGAAAAUUGAUAUGAAAGGUGGCAUCUUCUUUACUCUUCAUUUUUACCCACGUAUCAUGUAACUUCCAUUAUUUCAACACCUGUAUUCCACGUGUCAAUCUCUUACAAACUUCUCAACAGUGAAAAAGCUGAGAAUUUCCCUCUUCAUAUACUACUCCACCGUACAUUUUUCAAAACACGCUUUAAAAAAAAGAGAGGGAACAAACAAUAGAAAAAUAUAAAAUUCGAAAAUGGCACCAAAGAAGCGUGGAGGAAGGGCCCGUGCUACGGUGGUCACCGCCCGAAAAGUGGUGGAAGAAACCGUCUCCGUCGUCGUAACUCCGGUUGCCGGUGAAACGGAGACCGAAAGUCAAACUUUGACGGAAGAAAAUCAAUCAUUCGAAAUACUAACUCCACCUCCUUCUGAAGAACCUACGCCUAAAAGAACCAUUAAUGUUGAAGACAAAUCCGAAGGAAAAAAGGCCCCACGAAGAAAACCCGACCCGGCUCAACAAGUAGAUGAAGAUGAAACGCAACCAGCUGAUGAGCCAGAAGAGAUGCCAUCACCUCCCAAAAAGGAAUCGGGUCAAAAAAAGACCCAGAAGAGGAAACCCGAGCCGGCCCAACGAGGUGAUGAAGACGAAACUCAACCAGCUGAGGAACCAGAGGAGAUGCCUACGCCUCCGAAAAUGGAAGCGGAUCAAAAGAAGGCCCAAAAGAGGAAACCCGACCCGGCCCAGAAAGCAAAAGGAGGUGGAGAGAGGAAAAGGAAGAGGGCGAAAGUGGGUGGGGGAGUGGGACCCAGUGAAGGGUAUAGAAGGUAUGUGUUUAGAGUGAUGAAGCAAGUUCAUCCAGAUAUGGGAAUAUCAUCAAAGGCUAUGACGGUAUUGAAUAAUUUGAUGGGUGAUAUGUUCGAGAGGAUCGCCAAUGAAGCGGCGAUCCUCACGAAGUACGUGGGACGCACCACGUUGGCGUCAGUGGAUAUUCAAGAUGCGGUGAAAUUGGUGCUACCAGGGGAGCUUGGAAAGCAUGCAAUUGCUGAAGGGACAAAAGCUGUAGCCAACUAUGUGACUAGUGUUGAAAAGUCGAAGUCGAAGCCCUAAUUGUUAGUUAGUUAGGUAGCUCUUGUGAAUAUUUAGAGGUUUAUGUUUAUUGCAUUUUGGUUUACUAUCCUUUUCUAGCCAGGUGUUUGAUUUUGGAAAAUCACUGCAAGCAAAUGUCGGGCUCUUUUUUGUAAUAGUUUCAGUACUAAUGAGCCUUUUGUUUUUUAUUUUA